AUGACGAACAAACAAAAACCAAAAAAGAAUAGGGUGCCAUAUAGAAGAUAUGUCGCCGGUAAAGGUUAUGUGAAAGCAGAUGAUUUUAAUGUUACCGAAAGUAAAACUUACUAUGUCGUUGAUGAAACUAAUGAAAUAAUGAAAUGUGGUUCUUUACCUUCUACUUUGUUUCCCAGUAAUGAACUAUUACCCAAGGAGAUGACUUUGCCUUGGGAACUACAAUUUUUAAUACUGACUUUAUGCAUUAAUUUGGAACCUCAGUUUUUACGUGUUUGUAAACACUGGUAUGUUAUGUGUGUUCCACUCCUAUACCACUCUCCUCGGUUGACAACUAAGAAUUUCUCCCUUUUUAUCGAGACCAUGGCUUCCAGCUCAAAAAAUGGACUUGGAGCGUAUGUUGUUGAUUUAAACCUAUCUCCUAUCGCCCAGACAAGCAAGAAUAGCGUUGUGGCUCGUCUGCUGCGUCGCUGUGCACCUGCAUUACAAAGUUUCACAGCUCCGCAGACCAGUUUUGGGCUUUCGCCUUUGAUUUCGCUUAAAGCCUGCUCUAAGCUGCGUUAUCUUGAUCUGGGGCUUCUGUCGGAAACUGUCCACCUGUACAAACUUUUUGAGGUAAUCAGUGGCUUUCCAUUUCUGACCCACCUCUCCUUCCCCCGAUCUUCAAUAGAAUGCAACGGUUUUCGUGAUAUGCAAUGGCCUGCGAAUCUUCGGUAUUUAAAACUUAGCGGCGGUAUAACCAACGAAUUUGUCCGCUACGCAGAAAUCCCGUCCAGCAUCAGUACCCUAGAACUCUCACAUUGUCCGCAAGUUAAUGAACAUUCCAUAUACUGCCUCUUGUCGAAGAUUGGUGACAACCUAAAGCAUUUGCGGUUUAAUUACCCAAUGCCUUCUUUGAGUGAAAACUCGCUGGAUUUUGUAUUUCGCUACUGUCCCAACCUCACAAGUUUACAGCUAGUCGUUGAUUACUGUUCGCGUUGGGCGUUUUCAGACGCCUUUCUUUCCACACUCCACUACAAACGUCCUCUUAGGGUCCUGGUGCUGGAAACCAGCGGCUCUUUGGGCCAAGCAUCUAAGAUCCACCCCGAUGACAUUACUAUUGCGGUAGCGGAGGAUCGUCUACCUUGCUUACGUACACUAAGAGUUUCAAACAAACUAGGAUGGAGCAGUACUAACAACGACGUGGAAGACUUGAUUGCUGUUCUCGAAGAUCAAGGAGCUGACAUGUAUAUAAGUUAUUAA